AUGGCGGCGGCGGGCGGGGGCGGCGCCGCGGUGUCGGUGUUGGCUCCCAGCGGGCGGCGGGUCACGGUGCGGGUGGGGCCCGGCACGGUCCUGCUCCAGGUCCUCGAGGAGGUCUGCAGGAAGCAGGGCGGCAGCCCUGGCGAGUACGGCCUCAAGUUUCAGAGGAAUGUUUUGGACCUGUCUUUGCAGUGGAGAUUUGCUAGGCUGCCCAACAAUGCCAAACUGGAGAUGGUGCCGGUCUCCAACAGAGCAGGAGCUGGAACCAUGGUUCGGAUAGCAUUACAGCUAGAUGAUGGCUCCCGUUUGCAAGACACCUUCCUCUGCCAACAGACCUUGUGGGAACUUCUCAACCAUUUUGCAGAGAUAAGGGAGUUGAUGGAACAGCAUGGUGAAUUGUCUCCAGUCUGUAUUUACAUGCGAGAUGAGAUAUCAGGAAAAGAUGCCCUGGAGAAGACAACGCUGAAAUCACUCGGCCUGAUUGGAGGCAAUGCCAUUGUCAGAUUUGUUAUGAAGAAAUGCAGUUUAUCUGGUGGGGAGGAAGUUGUGGGUGCCACGGUGCCUUGUAGUGAGCCAAGAGUGAGGCUCAGCUCUAUGGAAGAAGCAGUGGAUGUGCCUCGACCUCAAGCAAAUACAUUUCCAAAGGACUUGGAGCACAGGGAUGUGGCUGUAUCUUUGAACAGCUGCACACACAGGCAAGACUCAAUUAAAGAUUCUGAUGCUAGCUUGGAGGAGUUGUGCCAUUCCCCAGAGCCUGAGCCUACCCCAUUUAUCCCUUUUUCUGGAGAUGGGGAGCAUCUGAGGGACUCUCCUGUAGCUGUCCCAUCUUCAAAGCUGCCAACAACUUUUUCCAGCCCUGGAGGCCCUUCUAAGCCAAAGAAGUCUAAGAGCAGCCAAGAACUGCGAAAAGAACAAGAGCAGCUUGUAGAACGUGAGCCCCUUAUAUGUCACCUAGAUCUACUGGAACAUCUUCCUGAUGGCCCAGAAGAGCUUCCUGAUGAAUUUUUUGAAGUCACAGUGGAUGAUGUACGGAAACGUUUGGCACAGUUGCAGAAUGAGAGGCAACGCCUGGAAGAAGCUCCACUGAUAACAAAGUCUUUGAAGGAGUCCCAGCUGAAGGAGAAGUUGGAGCGUUACCCAAAGGUGGUGUUGAGAGUUUGUUUUCCAGACCGCCAUGUUCUACAGGGAUUCUUCCAUCCCACUGAAACUGUUGGUAUUUUGAGAGACUUUGUAAGAAGCCACCUUGCCAAUGCAGAGUUGCCAUUUUACUUGUUUGUUGCACCUCCCAGAAUCAUCUUGAACGAUGAAAGUCUGACGCUGUUUGAGAUGUUUUUACAAGAACCCUAUGCAGUGAAGAACUGCUCUUCUAGAAACAUUGGCAGAUGCAUUAGAACAACUGCAAACAUUAGAACAGCUGGCUUGAGGAUGCAGUUUUCAGGUGAUGGUCUGCCCAAUAUUUGACCAUUACAUUCUUAGGUGUGUUAAAAAAUGCUAAAGGCUUUGACUUCGGGCUUGUGUGCUUUCAUGGACAAAGUCUACUAAAACCUUCCCAUCUUUAUGCCGAGACAGUCCUUGGGCAGUGGGAUCAUUCUACUGGCCUGACUUUUUUUUUUUUUAAUGUGAAAUUGCUGCUGAUUUAAAUACUUACAGAUUAUAAAAAACUCUGGGACAGCAUUAGGUCCUGCCAAUGACUGGCUAGAGAAUUCCCAGGUGAGAUGUAGCUGGCUGCUUUCUGUGCUGCACCCUCAGGGAGUGCUGGGAUUGGGGUGGUACCUGACAAUUCCACGUGAAGGAAGCUAGACCAAGGGUUCUGUGCAUGAGCCAAUAGUCUGUUUGAAUUGAAGAAAAAUAACUUAAUGGGUAGAGGUUUGGAAAGA